AUGCGACGAAACUCAUCUUGCCUUGAAAUGCUCAAAGAAUGCAAGCAAUCUCCGUCAGGCCGCCUCAGUGCAGAGCUUUUCCCACGGCGACACUCAGUUCACAGUCCUCUUAUUUCCUUCCAAGUUCAAACACCUAAGCUCUGAAAAUUUUCUAAAUCCCCAUCCCCUACAAGCCAAAGUUCCGUUUCCUCCAAAGUCCAAUUUGAAAUUAGUCGUAUAAUUGCCCAUCGUAAAAAUCCUACCAUUGAUAAUGAGCCAAAUAUAGAAGAAAAUAGCUUUGAAAAUAAAUAUAACCAAACAGAAGGCAAGUUUACCAGUAAAUUUGCAGGGACUUUUACAAUCCCUCGAUCAAAAUUUCAAUUAAUAUCAGGUCCUGACUGAUCUCCUCCUUCAGAAAAAACCAAAGAUAUUGUUCCUCAGGUAUUUGAGGAAAUUCAGCUUGUAUCUAUAAAUUCACAAAAGUAUACACAACAUUUAAAAACUUUCCAUAAGAAUAAGCCACAAAAAAAAUAUAUUGCAAGCCUCAAAAAAAGUCUGACUCCCCCCCCCCCCCUCCGUGAGCGAACAAAAAAAUUUUGUUCGCUCACGGAGGGGGGUUAAUUUUUUUUUUUAAAAAAAAAUUUAUAUAUAAAUUUUUAUAAAAAAUAUUUUUUUCGAAAUUUAAAAAAAUCCUAAUUUGCAAAAAUUGGGAAGCAAAUAUUAAUUUAAUUUGCAAAAUUUAUGUUUUAAAACGCAAUUUGUUUAAAAUUAAACAGAAUUAGCUCUAGAUUUCAUUAUACUAAUUAUCAUUUAUAUAUCAAAAUUUUUUUCCAUUAAAAUUUUUUCUAUUAAAAAAUUUUUGUUCACUCACGGAGGGUGGGUUUUUGGUCAAAAAAUAGCGAUUUUUCUAAUGGUUUUGUUCGCUCACGGAGGGGGGGGGGGGGAGUGAGAGAAAUGAAAAAUCUCAAAUUAAGCGCAGAUGAUAUUUGGAGGAUGAACAAAAUCAUCCCAAAAGAGCCAUAUCAUAGACCUGGCGCUAAAGAGUUUAUUCAAGCAUGCAAAGAAGGUGAUGAAAUCAAAGCCAUGGCAAUGGUUGCUGAAGACAAGCAUAUACUGCAUGUUUUUGAUUCUAUGGGAAUGACUGGGCUCCAUUGAGCCUGCAUACGAAAUUAUGUAAAUUUGGCUAGGUUUCUGUUGAGCAAUAAAGCAUAUGUAAAUAGCUCAGAUUAUGUAAAUUUUAUAUAGUGCCAUAGAACUCCUAUGCAUUUGGCUGCAAAAAUUGGAAGUGAAAGACUGAUAAAUUUAUUGAUCGAAUAUAAAGCGGAUCCAUUGAAAUUUAGCAAUGGCAAAAAAUUGCCGGUUCAUAUGACGAAAAAUGAAGCAAUUAAAAUUAGAAUAAGAAGAUAUAUGAUGGUAAAAAUUAUAUAGGAAAAUUAUGUACAGCAAUUUAAGAAAAAAUAA